AUGAUGCUGUACAAGACACCGCACCACCCGUACGUACAAGCGUCAUCGCUGUGCCGUAACACCAAGUUCCGCAAAUGGGCGCACGACGUGUUCCACACCCAGGAGAAGGCAUCGAAGGAGUUUUCGGCCCGCCAUGACGCCGAUGAUACCGUCAUGUGUCUGCGGUCACAGCUGGAUCACCUGCUUGUCAAAACGGCUGCGAAGGCCAACAAGGCAUCUCGGACCAUCCGCAAGUUGGAAGAAGACAACAAGGCGAAGGAGGACCUUCUCAUGCAAAAUGAUGAUGUCAUCGCGGAAAAGGAUGUUGUCAUCGCGGAAAAGGACGCUGAAAUCGCACGCCUGCGUGCGUUACUUGAACAGCGUGCAGCAGGAACAUGCCCGCCCUCGGAUGUCUCCAGCCUGUCACCCCCGCCUGACCAAGGGGCCCCAAAGUGUCAAUCCAUGGAGCACGCAUGGGUGCUGUGGAACCUCCAAGGACGCGGCGACAAAAGACGCCUGCGAGACCGCUAUGGGAAAGACACCUGCUUCGUUAAACACCACUCCUACGACGGUGGCUCCAAAAGCGUGGGCGGGAUUAUUGCACAAAUGCGGCGGGUAAAGAGGGUGAUGGACGCGGUGGAGGCACUUGGGGAAACCACGAAGGUUAUCCAGAAGCUGGAGUCCAUUCUCGGGCGAAUCGGGGGAUGGAGCACGUUCACAGACGACAUCGGCGUCGUCAAGAUGGCCGGGAAGGUCGAGCCAGUUGGGGACGAUGGACUGGAGGCAUUCACGCCUACGCAACAUGACCAGCUGAAGGUUGCGCGGAUGCUCGUUGAGACGGAGCUGCGGACGAAGGACUGGCUCAAGACAAAGUUCCCUACAACGUGGGACAAGUUCCCUGCCCUGAAGCCCCAAAAGGCAGGAAAGGCGUCAGCAAAGAAGCGCCAAAAGGUUGCUAACAUGUGA